AUGCAAAAUGGUACACAACCUAGUUCCGGAGAAGAAACGCAAGAUACGCAAGAUACCAGAGUAAUUAUAGAUGAUUCAGAUGCGACUGCACGACCUAGUUCUAGAGGAGAUGCGCGAGAUCCCAGAGAAGAGCUAAAUUCCAGUCUGGAUACAGGUGAUACAAGCAUGUAUAUGUCAGACGAGUUAUCAUUUGAAGACAAUACCAAGAUGUCAGAUCAUGUUACGGAAUAUGAUACCUCAAAGAUUCCUUUCCAAUAUCAAUUGAGUCUAAGAUAUUUAUAUGCGAUUAAUGAUCGGUACGAUUAUGUUAUUUCAAGUUUUCCUGAACACGAAUCUAACUUUGCUACUCGCGAUGUUUACGAUGUUCAUGAUAACUCCACUACAAAUUUAAAUGCAACUGAACAUGUUGAGCUUGGGCUUCUAAUUUCACGUUCAUUAAGAAUUCUGACACCCGGCUUUUAUGAAGUUCAGGAAGAUAGAUACCUACCAAAUGGUACAAUGCAUAGAGUGAUAACUGCUACUGCAUCUUAUACGAGUUUGAUUUAUGUUGCCUGGGCUCCACCAAUCACCAUUAAAUUUGUUACUUCAAAUGAAUCCACCUAUAAUGACUUAACAUCUUGUGAAUACCAAUUCAUUUGGACUUUUAUCCUAAAUGGUUAUGUCAAUAGAAGGUGUAAGAAUGAAUCAAGGUUCAUAACUAUUUCUUAUGUUAAGGGAUCAAGCUUGUUUGGAUUUGCAUUUUAUAAUAUGAAUGAAUCGGAAGUUUACGCAUAUACUACUAUACCGGAUUUAGCUGUUUGGGAUUUCUUUAUAAGAUUGCAUUAUGAAACUUUUAUAAAAAAUUUUAUUGUAAAAUCAUCUAUAAAGACAAACAUUCUAAAAAGAAGAAAAGUUAUUUUAUCCGCCGAGAAGAAAAGACGUGAAAAAGUAGCAGUUAUAAAGUCAUGGGCAUUAGGGUUCAGAAAAGGUGGCCUUGGUGAUUGUUGGUUCCUUGUAGCUCUUGCUGCAAUUGAAGACUUUCCUCGUGUUAUCAAAUCAAUCGCUGUUGCACGUGAUGAAACAAAUGGGGUAAGAAAUAGUAACUGCGUUGGUACCAUAGUGGAUGAUCAUGUGAUUGUCAAACAAGAUGGUCAUUAUUAUUAUAGCGAAUAUGCUUGUCGACGUGAGACCUGGGCUUCACUUCUAGAAAAGGCUUAUGCCAAGAUUCACGGUGGCUAUGGAAAUCUUGAUGGGGAGAAUUGGGAGAAGGAUAUUGGUGGCCAAACAAGGGUAGUCUAUAAGUGCUCCGAUAUAUUAAGCAAUCAAAUUAAAAAUGAUGCUCUUUGGCAAAGUCUUUUAGGUAGAAAUAAUAAUCAAAUUGCGUUUGGCUGCGGAACUCGUGCAAACCCAUUCCAAAAUGAUGAAGUUAUAGGCAUUGAUGGUUUAGUAUUUAGUCAUGCCUACAGCGUUAGUCGUGCUGUUAAAUUCCAUCCAUAUGAAUCACUUAAUGUUCAAUUGGUCGAAGUUCGUAAUCCAUGGGCUAAUACUGUAUGGAAACGUUUAGCAACAAAACUAAAAUAUUUACUUGAUGAUGACAGCUCUUUCUUCAUGACAUAUGAUGACUUUUUGACUCACUUUGAACAUAUCGAAUCAUGCGCUUUUCAAUUUGCUGGUAAACGUUUCGAGAUUUUUUCGGAUCCACUAGAUUUUCCUGACAAAAAACAAACUAUAGAAUAUUAUAAACUGCCUCCUGUGGUAAAUGAGUUGUCUAUGACAUUGAGAUUGAAUAUUCACCAACGUGAUCCAAAUUGGACUUUGAUUUUUCAUCAAGGAGCAGAUACAAAAAUACGUACACCCUCUUUUUGGCUAACAAACCUUGCACAACCACAUAUUCAGUUAUCAACAAAUAAUAGUCCAAUGUAUGGAAUCUAUUCAAUUGGCAAUGGACUUAUUCUAAACCAGUGGUACCAUAUAGGCUAUACACUUUCGGAAAUUGAUAAGUGUUUGAAAUUCUAUAUAGAUGGCAAAUUGGCUGGAUUUACGAAUAUUGAACCAGCGUCAACACAUAAUAUCGCAUUUAAUAAAGACUUAUUGAGAAUUGGGCAUACUCCGGGACAAGCAGAUCUCAAGGGGAAAAUGAGCAAUUUUCGUUAUUAUAAUUGGUGUUUAUCUCCUGAGGAAAUUAAGAAAGAUAAAUUAACAAGAAAUAUUAAUUAUGGAUCAAAAGUCGUCCUUGUUCAUUUAACUACUGGUAAACAUUUGUCUACGAAAUAUGUUAAAUACCCAGGACAUCAACAAAUUAUGCUAAUUUGUAAUAAUCGAGAUGUGGAUCUUAAAAAUGACGCUUUCACAAUUUUGGAGUUCAAACAUCAAGCGACUGGACUAUGGGUACAUUCUCAUGAAAUUGGCAAUGGCCGCACACCUAUAUCAAAAUACCAACAAGUGACGUUAAAUGGAGGAGCCGGAUCUAAUUAUGAUAAUUGGAUUGUUAGAUAUCAUAGUCUCAAUGAGUCAUAUGAAUCAUACAAAAACAAUGAUUUAAUGAAUAAUGAUGUCAUUAGUCUUUCUAACCAAAUUUUCAACAAAGACCUUUAUAGUCAUUCCGUAUUGUUAGAAGAUGGAAGUCGAAGUUGGCUGCAAUGA